CAAAAGACGUGAGUCCGGCGGAACCACGUGGGUGUUGUUGUUCUUGUGUCGAUUCUGAACAUUCAACAUAAUUUACAGCUUCAAGUCGCGUCUUCGCGGUCGUCUUUCAUCUCAGGACCAAAGCCUGAAGUGGGAUGAGGAAUUUAAAGCUACUGAAGAGUUUAAGGAGCUCUGAGCUGCAGGGUCUCGGCUCCCCGCAGUGUUUCUGUGUCCGGGCUGACUCUGGCUCACUGCUGGUCGCCUCUCAGUUCUCCAUCACAGAGUUUGACCCUCGCUCUGGCCAGGUUGUGUGUGAAGCCUCGCUGACAGAAGACGGGUUCCUCCCCGAGGAUGGCAGCGGGGUGGUGGUCGGACUGCAGGACCUGGCUGAGCUUCAGUCUGCGUGUUUGGCCACAGCAGGUGGCGAUGUUGUUCUCUUCAACCUCAACUCCAACCAGAUGGAGUGUGUUGGCAGUGUUGACAGUGGUCUUACCUCCAUGAGCUGGAGUCCUGAUGAAGAGCUUGUCGUUCUCACUACUGGUCAGGAAACGAUCAUUAUGAUGACCAAAGACUUUGAACCCAUCACAGAGGUGGGAAUUCACCAGGAUGAUUUUGGUGAAGGAAAGUUCAUCACGGUGGGUUGGGGGAAAAAGGAGACUCAGUUCCACGGCUCAGAGGGAAAGCAGGCGGCGCAGAAGAAGCUCCAGGGGGUGCAGCCAGCUGUGGCCUGGGACGAUCGCAGGCCGCGGGUCACGUGGCGAGGAGACGGCCAGCUGUUCGCCAUCGGCGCCAUCUGUCCCCAGACUGGAGCCAGGAAAGUCCGGGUCUGGAACAGAGAGGGGGUCCUACAGACCACCAGCGAGCCCAUCAACGGCCUGGAGCAGGCUCUUUGUUGGAAACCUUCAGGCAGCCUGAUCGCGAGCGCUCAGCGUCAUCCCAACAAACACAGUGUGGUGUUCAUGGAGAAGAACGGACUGCUCCAUGGAGACUUCCCUCUGCCGCUCAGUAAAGACCAAGCUAAGGUGAAGGAGCUGCUGUGGAACAGUGACUCUGCAGUUUUAGCUGUUUGGUUGGAGGACCUGACAGCUGGAGAGGACGGACAUGUCAACACUUACAUCCAGCUGUGGACGGUGGGAAACUACCACUGGUACCUGAAGCAGAGUCUGGACUUUGGCAGAGACCCUCAGAAAGCUCCGGUCUGUGUCUGCUGGGACACGGAGCGCCCCCUACGGCUCCACGUGGUGACCUACAACUGGACCUGCUUCGCCUAUGACUGGGGCUGGACGACGGAGCGAAGCCCCGGAGUGGACAGCGCUGACAACGCCAGCGUGGCUGUGAUCGACGGAGACAAAGUCCUGGUGACAACCUUCAGGCAGUGUGUGGUUCCUCCUCCCAUGUGUUCAUUCGAGCUCCAGUUAAAGUCACCUGUCAAUCAGGUGAUGUUUCUGUGUCGACCAACUCUGACCAAUCAGAUUGCAGCUUUCACUCUUGACGGACACGUUUCACUCUUCAAUCAAGAUUCAGAAGAACGGGUGAACAAAACAACCGAUGGAUUUGAGGCUGUGUGCCGACCUCUUGACCUUCAGAAAACCUACAGAUUUCCUGUUCCUCAGGACGAGCCUCUGGCUCUGCGGCAGCUGCUGUGGCUGCAGGAUGAGCUGUUUUUGGCCGUCGGUUCGGGUCUGCUGCCGGCUUCCUCCACUCUGAUGAUUCUUCACCCGGGUCAUGAUGCUGGGGACACACUGGCUGUCCGGUCUCAGGUGGAAGUAGACGGUGUUGUGGUCAGUGUGGUUCACAGCGCCCAGACUGGAACUGUAGCUCUGCAGAUGGAGGACGGGCAGAUAAUGAAGCUCCUCUGGGACGGUCCUGAGGCGUCAGUGAAGGCCUGGUGUGACUCCAGCGGCUGUCGGAUCAACUUUCCUGUCCCCUGCAUCCAGACGUCUCUCUGCAGCAUCGGUGGAACGGAAUCCUUGCUUGGCCUCACAGACAGAUCCCGCCUGUACGCAGGAGACACAGAGCUUGCUUCCAAUGUGUGUUCGUUUGCGGUUUGUGAUGACUUCCUCCUCGUCACCACACACUCUCACAGCUGCCGCUGCCUCCAGCUGAGCGCGCUCACAGUCACAGGGCUGCAGGCAGCGUUGGCCUCUGAUGGAGGUCAGAAUGAUGAGACGCUUCGGCGAGUGGAGAGAGGAUCCAGGAUUGUCACCGUGGUGCCUCAGGACACCAGAGUGGUUCUUCAGAUGCCUCGGGGGAAUCUGGAGACCGUACACCACAGAGCGCUGGUGUUGGCUCAGCUCAGGAAGUGGUUGGACCAGCUGAGAUUCAGAGAGUCCUUUGAAUGCAUGAGGAAGCUGAGGAUCAACCUGAACCUCAUUUUUGAUCACAAUCCAAAGGUUUUCCUGGAAAACGUUGAGACCUUCAUCACACAACUCGACUCCAUCAACUCCAUCAACCUCUUCCUCACUGAGCUCAAAGAGGAAGACACGACCAGCAGCAUGUACCCCCGUCCUGACAGCAGCCCGCUCCAGACCCGGCCGGUUUCAGCCCAGAAGAAGGUUGACGUUGUUUGUGAUGCGUUACGGAGUGCCAUGGAGUCGAUGGAUCCCAACAAGUUCUGUCUGUCCAUCCUGACUUCUCAUGUGAAGAAGACCGUUCCAGAGCUGGAGAUCGCUCUGCAGAAAGUUCACGAGCUUCGAGAGAAUCGUCCUGAAGCUCCCGGCUCUGUGAGCGCUGAAGAGGCGUUAAAGUACCUCCUCUUCCUCGUUAAUGUCAACGAUCUGUACGAGCACUCGCUUGGGACGUACGACUUCGACCUCGUUCUCAUGGUGGCUGAGAAAUCUCAGAAGGACCCCAAAGAGUACCUUCCUUUCUUAAACAUGCUGACGAGCCUGGAGCCGAACUACCAACGCUACACCAUCGACAAACACCUGAAACGCUACAAGAAGGCCUUGGUCCACCUCGCCAAGUGUGGAGAGGAGCACUUCCCUGAAGUUCUGCACCUCGUCAAGGAGCAGAAACUCUACAGUGAAGCUCUGAGGUUGUACGCGGCAGACAGUCCUCAGUACAAGUUUCUGAGCUGUGGCUACGCCGAACACCUGAUGGAGCAGCAACAGGCAGAGCAAGCCGGCUUGUUGCUAUGGCGAUGUGGAGAGCUAGUCCGAGCCCUACAGGCUUUCACCAUCAGCUCCAGCUGGAGGAACGCCAUCUGUGUGGCGCAGCAGAUCGCACUGCCGCCCGACCAGUUGGCUCUGCUGGCCAGAGACCUGGCAGAGAAGCUGACGGAGCAGCGACGGUACUCUGAAGCUGCUCUGCUGCUGGACCAGUAUGCCAAGGACUGUGAGGAGGCCAUCUUGGCUCUGAUUACUGGUGCCGUCUGGGAGGAGGCGCUCAGAUUGAUUUACAUGCACAGCAGACAAGAUAUCACAGAAACCAACCUGAAACCUGCGCUGCUAGAAGCUGUAAACACUCAGACGGUGUUUCUGGAGGCUCAGGUGGCAACGUUCACUCGGCACCGGAACCGUUUGGCUGUGGUCCGAGAGCAGAAAGAAAAGGCCAGACUGGACAUGCUGGAUGAAGACGGUCCGGAUUGUCCUGACGUAGAGCUUUACUCCGAGGCCAGCAGCGCGAUGACCGCUUCCAAAUACUCCCAGAGUAACUCCCGCAUCUCCUCGAGGUCGUCGAAGAACCGCCGGAAAGCGGAGAGGAAGAAGCUGAGCCUGAAGGAAGGAAGCCCGAUGGAGGACAGAGCCUUGAUGCACGCGCUCGGUGAAAUCCUCAGCACCGUGGACAAAAUGAGAGAGGAGGUCCACGGCCUCCUGACGGCCUUGGUUCUGUUCCAGUUUGACAAACAAGCCGAGAAGCUCCAGCUGGCGUACGAGGGAACGCUGCAGACGGUGGAGGCAGCUGUUCCUGAGGUGUGGCCUGAAGGUCUGCAGAACAACCACGCCCCGGUCACCGGGCCGAACUCGACUGCAAACAGCAUCAUGGCUUCGUUCCAGCAGCAGAGACCUGCAGCAGCUUCACAGCCGGACGCUGAGAUCCCUGCAGCACCAAAGAUGAGGAACGGUGUCAAGUGGAAACUCGUUAUUCUGAAGUAAAGAUUAGUUUUGUUUAUUUUCCUGUACAGUCAAAGUCAGCUGUAUAAUAAAGAUUCGUUUAAAGCUC